AUGCCAUUCAAAAUUCCGUUAGGUGAACGAGCCGACGAGCAUCGUGUACCGCCAACUUUCAUUCGACCCCUAGCUGAUAAACGAGCCGUAGUUGGAGAACGUGUAGUACUACAAUGUCAGUUGGAUGGACAUCCGGUACCGGCGGUUAAAUGGCUAAAGGAUGGACAUAACGUCUCGAAUUGUCCUGACUAUGAAUUCGAAGAGGAUGGAUUAGUACAUCGGCUAGUCAUCGCACAAGUGCAAGGAGCGGACAGUGGAAGGUUCACAGCUCAGGCAGCCAAUGCAGCCGGUCUGCGUCAAUCCACUUGUAUUCUCAUAGUUGCCCCAGCCCCAACACCAGUUCCUGGAGGAAAACAUAAUGCUGUAUACUCGCCGGCUCCACCACAGACACCCAUAGGACCUAGCGCACCAAUAUUUCUGAAAGAGUUACGACAUCAACCAUUAAAGCCUGGUGACAUCAUGGUAAUGGAAGCGAGAGUAGCAGGUGUUCCACUUCCCAAGGUGGAAUGGCUCAAGAAUGGCAAACCAUUUCAAAACUAUCGGGCAAAGAUCGAACACGACUCUCAAACGGGCAUUGUAUCUUUGACGAUUCCCCAGAUGUUCAAUGACGAUAUUGGCGAAUACACAUGUAAAGCUAGUAAUGUCCAUGGUGAAGCCACUUCUACUGCACAGCUACUGGCCAGAGAACAAUACGACCGAUGGUUUACUGAAGAACAAACACGUUUGACUAGAGAUAGGAGACAAGCUCAGCAAGGUAGACCAGCUAGUGUAGCGCAGAAGCAGAUGAUGAAGCAAGGACGUAUUUCAAAUGAUCAGGACAGCAGUGCUGGAGAAGCGCCCUAUGGCAUCUCCGAGUCGGAAACGGAACCCGAGCUCGCAUCGUUCGACACCAAAGGGGCGCCUGGUUCUAGACCCAUAGUACGAUCUCCACCUCGAGGUCUUCGUCUCACUGAGGGUACCGAUGCGAUUCUUCAAGCCAAUAUUGUUGGAAAUCCGAAACCUAGAAUAUACUGGCUGUUCAAUGGCGCACCAGUUCGAAUGAGUGGAUCGCGAAUACAAAUGACAUAUAGAGGGUCUCUAGCCGUACUGAAGCUCUCCAUGGUCACUCCAGAAGACAGCGGAGAGUACGUAGUUGUAGCUGAAAACCCUUUUGGCAAGGUUGAGAGUGCAGCUCGCAUCGAGGUCUACCCUCUUAGCGCGCCUGACGAUCGAGUCAAAGAGCAGCAACUCAGAGAACAUCAACAGUAUCUACAGCAACAGUUACGAUACGAGAAAGCGCUUGAACGUGAACAAAUCGAACGUCGAGCUCGAGAAGAAGAGAAUCUUCUAAUUCGAGAAGAGCAGGAACGACUUCGACGUCUGUUCGAGCGUGAACGAGCCGAGCGAGAACGCCUCGAGCAGAUCCGACGACGAGAGGCCGAGGAACGUGAACGACUUCUACGACAACAUCGUCAAGAGGAACAAGAACGGGCCAGAAGGGCUGAGGAAGAAAAGCGAUUGCGUCAAUUGCAGUGGACCCAACCCUACCAUUUACAAUAUCCGACACAGGUCCCUCAGUGGAAACCGAUCGGAUAUACUCAAGAAGUUGAGUAUCAUCCCACUCAUCAGCACCAGCAAGAAGUCCUUUACGAGCACAGGAAUAUCCCACAAGAGACUUACUAUAAUCAAUCGCCCAGACAGCAGCAAGACUUUUAUCGAUCGUACGAAAGUGAAAAUCAAUUUCGUCAAUUCAAUCAAUACCAGCAGCAUAUCGAAAGUCAACAGCGGUACCAAAGCUACAACAUGCCGUCGUUGAAGCCGCAGCAGCAGGUCAAUGCCACAGAUGGACUGGCCAAUGGCAGCUCGAUGAUAAGCUCGUCGAGGAAAACCGGCCAACAACAUGGUGCUGCCCUACAGCCGUCGCGUCCACCGCAAUUCCUCGUCCAUCCACAAGCCGUGGCUGCAAAAGCCGGAGAAACUGUGACCUUCACAGCAAGGGCUACCGGCAGUCCCAUCCCAACUUUGGAAUGGAUCCGAGCAGAUGGAAGUGUGAUCCAAAGUGGUGGAAAAUAUAAAAUCGAACAUGGAAGCAGCGGUGAUAGCAAGAUGAUCAUUGAGAAGGUUGACGCUAAUGAUGCUGCCAAUUACGCUGCUGUUGCUAGAAACAGUGGAGGAACGUUCCAAAGUCGUUUCAGUCUGGUUGUGCUGCAAGCCCGACCACCCGAGGCCCCCGAAUUCAGUGGAAAAUUCCAAUCCACAACCAUCUAUGAAGGAGACUCGGUCAAGCUUUUCUGUAGGGCCAAUGGCGAAAAAAUCACUUUCAAAUGGUUCAAGGAUAACGAAGAGAUUCCAAAUGCUCCACCAUACAAAAUUCAAAAUGGACCUAAUGACACAACGUUGAUGAUCGAGAAUGCCACAUUGGCUGAAGGAGGCAAUUAUCGUUGUGAUGCGACGAAUAAAUUCGGAACAACGGCUCUGAAUGGUCGUGUGGUAGUACAAAGCCGUCAGAAGUUUGGUGCACCACAUAGGGAACAAAUCACGUUGCGAAAAGUUGAUCGACGGCAGGCAAGAACCCCUGUCAAUCAGCUCCAAGAUGCAGCAGCUUCUAAAGCGGCUCCUACCCUUUCUGGUCAACUUCAACCCCUGAACCUCAUCGAAGGCCAAACGGCUCGACUUGAAGCUCGUUACACCCCUGCUGAUGACCCUAACGUUAAAGUGGUGUUCCUCCUGAAUGGAAAACCUGUGCAAAUGUCGUCUCGUGUAACUAUCGUGAACGAGAAGGGCAUCGCCAUACUGGAAAUCAGUCCGGUUACGGUAUUCGAUGCUGGCGAGUAUACGGUAAUCAUUGUGAAUCCAAAAGGAGAAGCACGCGCUUCAACGAAGUUGACUGUGAUUGGUCACACCACCGUUGAUCAGCCAACGCUUGGUAAUAGCUUUGGAACCGCUUACCAGUCCAGAAGUAUGGGUCCACCUGGUAUUCAGCUAGAUCUGCCAAACUUCCACUCUGACUUGCGGUCACACGAAUUGUUCGAAGGACAACCAAUUCAUCUCGAAGCGAAGCUUACACCACUCAACGAUGAAAAUCUUGUAGUUGUAUGGUAUCUGAACGGACGCGAGCUUAUGAAAAAUGACCGAUGCAGGCAGACACUCCACCAUGGUUUUGCCACCCUCGACAUACUCGACUCGACCAAAGACGAUAGCGGUGUUUUCACUUGUCGCGCGAUCAAUAAACUUGGACAAGCUGAAAAUCAAGCCACUGUCAUUGUGCAUCCUCGCGUGGAUUUGCACAAUUACGAAGCGAAUCGACAUCUAGACGUAGACGAUGUGCGAGAAAUCCAGUUUAGCCACGCAAAACAAGACCAAACGCCGAAGUUUUUAUCACCGAUCAAGAAUUUCCACUGCGAUCAAGAACUUGGUCGAUCAUUCUUUGAAGCACGUAUCACCCCAGUAAACGAUCCAUCUCUAAGAGUCAGCUGGCUGAAAGAUGGACAUGCACUGCCGAAUGCCAACAGAAUCCAGACAUUCCACAACUUCGGCUGUGUAUCGCUGUCUCUAAACCCGACUUAUCCAGAAGAUGCAGGAACAUACACUUGUGUGUUGUUCAAUGCUCAUGGACAGGCCCAAUGUUCAGCAGACCUCACCACAGUACAGAUGCCAACGCUUCAGACUGACAGCAAACAUCAGGACAGUCUACAGAUCAUUGGAUAUUUGGACAGUCAUCAAGUCCACAUCGGACCCCAAGAGGUUGAACGUCCAGAAGAAUUUCAAUCCUUGGACACUCCUCGUUUUGUUCGUCCACUAUCAAACCAACUCGAGUGCAAUGAGAACGAUCCAGUCCACUUCGAAGCCAGACUGCAACCAGCUAAUGAUCCAAAAAUGACUGUGGAAUGGUACCAUAAUGGAGCACCAUUGCCAGCUGCUCACCGAUUCCGACCGAUGUUCGAUUUUGGCUAUGUCGCUUUGGAUAUUCUUUACGCUUAUCCUGAAGACAGCGGAACGUAUACUCUGGUGGCUAGAAACGAAUUGGGUGAAGCGCAGAGCAAUCUGGAUCUGACUGUUAACAGCUCUAAGACACUUUACUUGGAUCCAAACCAUCCAGAAGGAUUGCAGAGAAUUCAGGAACUCGAACAAGAUCGUCGUCAAGGCCUCCCAGAGGUUGAGGAUCGUACUUGCGAUGCUGCUCCUCAAAUUCUUGGAGAUCUCACGGACCAAAAUCUGAACGAACACGACAAUAUCCAUAUGGAUGUCAAGGUGACACCCGUACAUGACCCCACAAUGACAGUGGAUUGGUUCGUCGACGGACGUCAGGUCAUUACUGGAAGUCGUGUGAAGACACUGAACGAAUUCGGCUUCGUUGCGCUGGAUAUCACGGGUGCAAUUGCCGAAGACUCUGGAACUUACACCCUCCGUGUCAAGAAUGCGCUUGGUGAAGCAACUCGGCAAUGCAAUGUCACCGUCAAUCCUGCCGGCCAAGUAAUCCGUGACACCCAGCAUGAAGAAUCGCUGGAUAAAAUCAACUAUUUGGAAAAUUUGGACAAGUUCGGCAGAAGAGAGAUCGAAGACCAUGGGCCAGAUAUGGCUCCAAUGUUCGUUGUACCUUUGGAAGGGGACAUGGGAGAGGUCGAAGAAGGUGAACCCAUUCAUCUUGAAUGUCAAGUCAAACCUACGAACGAUAAUACUCUAAAAGUUACAUGGCUUCGUAAUGGAGCUCCCAUUCCUCAUGGACAUCGCUUCCGCACUUUCUAUGACUUUGGAUUUGUUUCACUGGACAUCCUCGGUGUUUACUCCCAGGAUAGCGGUGAAUACACUUGCAAAGCAGAAAAUGCCCUUGGAUCGGUGGAAACAAAAACGAAAAUCCACUGCAAUCCUAAGGAAGCAAUCCUGGGACAGGUACAGCAUCCAAAAAGCUAUCAGAGGAUCCAGGAAAUAGAGGCACCCAAGCCAAAGCCACAAGAACUCCCAGAUGCUCCCAAAGAGGCCCCAGCAUUCAUCAAACAACUUGGUCCACCCAUCCAAUGCGUCGAAGGUGACAAUAUCUACCUUGAAGCUCAAGUGACACCUUCUGAUGACAACACCCUAACGUACGAAUGGCUUGUGAAUGGGCAUCCGCUGAUGAAAGCACAUCGAUUUGUGCUGUCCCAAGACUUUGGCUAUAUUGCUCUUAAUAUCCUUUACUGUUACCCAGAAGACAGUGGAACCUACACUUUAGUGGUCAGAAAUGCUGCCGGUGAAGCUCAGUCUACCGUGGAUAUUGAUUGCCGUAUUGAUGGUGUUAAUUAUCGCGACUCUCUUCAUCCGAGCUCUCUACAACGUAUAAAAGAACUCGAAACACCACAACAGCGAGCCGAACCUCCACCAGAAAAGCCAAAGGAGCAACCUCAGAUCCUUAAGGGCCUUCCGCCCAAGUUCGAUGUUGUUCACGAGUCACAAACCCUUCACCUUGAAGCUCAAGUGGCUCCAAUAGACGAUAACACUUUGAAGUACGAAUGGUUAUUCAACGGUCAACCACUAAAAGCCAGCAGCCGCUACCGUAUCCUCAACGAUUUCGGCUUUGUUACGCUUGAUAUUGACUAUGUGAUAGCUGAAGAUGCUGGAAAAUACACUUUGGUGGUUUCGAAUGCAGCCGGAAAAACCGAAACCUCGUGCGAAUUCGAUGUCGAACGAUUGAAAUCGAUUCUGUCUGACACGGCCCAUCCAGAAUCACUUAGAAGAAUUACGGAGAUGGAACAGCUACAGCCUGCCAAGCCUAGCGAUGAGGAGUUGCCACUGGAGCCACCAGUGUUCACACAACAGCUCAGUGGACCUUCAGAAGUGCUCAAAGAGGGACAGAGUGUGCAUAUGGAUUGUGUUGUACAGCCAAUCAAUGAUCCUAGCUUGAAGAUCGAAUGGUUCUGCGACGAUCGUCCGCUGAUGUUCGGAUCUCGCAUCCGAACCAUCCAUGACUUUGGCUACGUCGGUCUGGAAUUCCUCCAUGUGCAUCCAGAAGAUACGGGCACGUACAUCUGCCGUGCUACAAACGCAGCUGGAACGGCUGAAACUCGCUUCAAGCUGGAAUGCAGACCAAGAAGAAAUCUGUACCUUGACACGCAACACGAAUCAUCAUGGCAAAAGAUACAAGAGAUGGAGAAUCGCGAGGAAGUUCGUGAACCAUCGCCUGAGAUGUCAUUCCCGCCUCCGACAUUCACCGAACAACUCAAGAACAUCGACGAUGCAAAUGAAUCCGAUUCUGUGCGACUUGACUGCCGUCUAGUACCUGUAAAUGAUCCUACGAUGAAGGUAACCUGGACGGUUAAUGGGAAUCCCCUUCCACAAGGUAGUCGCUUCAUGCCAGCCAGGAACUUCGAUUAUGUCAGCUUGGAUAUUCUGGGUCUGUACCCGGAGGAUGAGGGAGUUUACACGUGCAAGGCUGUUUCCGAUUUUGGAGAAGCUGCUACGUCCUGCACUGUAAAAUGCGCCCCAAUCAAGUCUCUACAACUUGACCCUCAGCAUGAACAAUCAUGGAGCAGAGUCCAGGAGAUUGAGAACAGGAAGCCAGUCGAGAAGGUUUACGAAGAGCCGGAAAAGAGGCCUCCCCACUUCGUCGUGCAAUUGCCAGGCGCGCUGGGUGAAUGCCCUGAAGGCACACCUAUUCACUUCGAAUGCCAGGUUGAACCAACCAAUGACAACCAGCUUCAGACACAAUGGUACCACAAUGGCGUUCCAUUGGCCAAUGGUCACCGUUUCCGUACUGGCAACGACUUCGGCCAUGUUACCCUUGACAUUCUCUAUGCUUUCCCACAAGAUUCGGGAGAGUGGACUUGUGUGGCUCGAAACGAAUUGGGUGAGGCCCAAACCAGUGCUGACUUCACUGUUCUGCCGAAGGGAGUUAUCUACACGGAUCCACAGCAUCCUGAUAGUUGGCAGAGAAUCCAAGAAUUGGAAGCACCAAAAAUGGCUCCUGAAGAAGCGCCAGAGAAAGAACAUGAUGCGCCGAAGUUCGUGGAACCUAUGGAGUCUAUGGAGCGCAUCGAAUUCCAACCCGCUCACUUCGAGACCCGUGUGACCCCUGUCAACGACCCAAAUAUGACCAUGCAAUGGUACAAGGAUGGGCAACCAUUGCACAGUGGAAACAGAUACAAACUCACCCAUGACUUCGGCUACGUCGCCUUGGACAUCGCUCACACCAUACCUGAAGAUUCUGGUACUUACUCUGUGAGGGCAACGAACAAAAAGGGACAAGACGAGGUUAAGGCGGAUCUUUCUGUUCGUGGUAAUGCAAGCAUUCUUAGCGAUACCUUGCAUGACCAGUCCCUGCAGAGGAUCAGGCAACUUGAGGAACCCCGCGCUCCUGGAGCUGAAGAACCCGAAAGGAAAUAUGGACCACCGAAGUUUGUUCGCCCGCUCAACAGCGUCGAAAAUAUCAUCGAAGGCCAACCAGCACAUUUCGAAGCGCAGUUCGAGCCGUUCGCUCAUCCUGACACCACGGUACAGUGGUUCCUUAACGGAAAACCGCUGGCCGCGUCAAGCAGAAGAAUCCUUAGAAGCGAUUUCGGUUUGGUCACGCUGGAUUUACAGUAUGCGUUGGGAGAGGAUAACGGCGAACUAUCCGUGGUGGUGAAGAACCCAGAAGGUGAAGACCGUACCUCGGGAAGAUGUUCAUGCACCCCAAGGGAUUCCAUUUUGAGGGAUCCACUGCACGAUCAGUCAUGGAAGAGAAUCCAGGAAAUCGAAGCCCCACGCGCUCCCAUGCCCGAACCAGAAGCUCCCCAGUAUAACAAACCUACCUUUACCCAACCCCUACAGAGCGUUGCCGAUAUCCCAGAAGGAGGUGUUGCACUCCUGGAAGCUCGCCUUACCCCAGUCAACGAUCCCAACCUCAAAGUGCAGUGGUUCUUCAACGAUUCUCCACUGCAGGAUUCCAACUGGAUCGCCACAAACAACGAUUUUGGCAAUGUUUCUUUGCGAAUUGCUCCAUGCCAUGCUCGUCAUAGCGGAGUGUAUUCCUGCAAAGCUGUCAAUGACCAAGGAGCUGCUGUUACUAGCGCAUCGAUCAGUGUGCAAGGCACUGAUGGUUUGAUCACUGAUACCUCUCAUCCGGAAUCGCUGCAGAAGAUCAGAGAAAUGGAGUCCAUGGAUAGAUUCCCACGUCUGGAGGCUCCAGAACGUGAAUAUGACAAACCUCAAUGGAUUCAGCCAUUCGAGAACGUGGAGAACGUUCCCGAAGGUGGCGCUGUUGAGCUUCAUGGUCUUGUUGAACCAUCUGGUGAUCCUAACCUUCGUGUAGAAUGGUUACACAACGGAAAACCAUUGAUGAAUGCCAAUCGCUUCCGACAAGAGCUUGACUUUGGAAAUGCAAUCUUGACUAUUGUGCAUACAUUCCCACACGAUUCUGGUGUUUAUACUUGUCGCGCGUAUAACCGAGCUGGAGAGGCUACCACCAGUGCUACGGUCAAGGUUGAAGGGUAUGAGCAACUUCUUCUCGACCCACAACAUCCAGUUUCAUGGCAGAAGAUUCAAGAACUUGAAGCUCCCAGGGUUGUCGAAGAGAAAGAAGAGGUGGUGCAACGCGAGAAGCCUAACUUCCUUACCCAGCUUACUUCUGCCGAGAAUGUUCCAGAAGGGGACAGAAUCCAUCUGGAAGCAACGUUCACGCCUUCAAGAGAUUCAGAGCUUAAGGCUGUAUGGCAGAAAAAUGGCCAGCCUAUGGGUGCCUCUCAGCUCAUCCAGACUCGACACGAACCUGGCUGGGCUACCCUGGAUAUCUUAUCAGCUAAUGAAGACCACAACGGCGUCUACACCCUUACCAUCUCCAACCCCGAAGGUGAAGCUGUUUCCACUGCCGCGGUCAAGGUCGUUGGCACCGCACCCGUACUUGGUGACACCCAACACGAGGAGUCUUGGCGUCGUAUCCAGGAGAUUGAAGCACCCAAACCAGCCCCAGAAGAGCCUCCAGCGCCGGUUUAUGACCCACCAGCAGUCACCACGCAAAUCCAGGAUCAAGACUGUAACGAAGGCGAUCCCAGCCACUUUGAGGCCACCUUUACCCCGGUUAAUGAUCCUAACCUUACCGUACAAUGGUACAGGAACGGUCAGCCACUUAGCCAUGGAUCCAAAUAUGCUAUCAGUCAAGAUUUUGGUACUUGUAUGUUGGAUAUCGCAUACACUUACCCAGAAGAUCAGGGUGUAUACCAAGUAAGGGUCACAAAUGGCCAAGGUGAAGCAGUAUCAUCGGCUACGCUCAAAUGCCAAGGAAAGGAGGCGAUCUUGGGUGAUACUCAACACGAACAGUCAUGGAAGCGAAUCCAGGAAAUUGAAGCGCCAAAGCCAAAGAUGGAAGAAGUGGCACCUGCACCAAAGCCUGCGCCACGCUUCGUUGUCCCUAUUUCUUCGCCUGGAGAGCUUGUGGAAGGCCAGCCCGCUCACUUCGAAGCCACCAUCGAGCCCGUAGACGAUCCAAAUUUGAAGGUCUACUGGUUCUUGGAUGGAAAACCGGUACCCAACUCGUCGCGUAUGAAGAUGAUCAACGACUUUGGAUGGGUGAUUAUGGAUAUCAAUCACGCAGAGCCACGAGACACUGGAGAUUGGACAUGUGUGGCAAAGAACGCAGCUGGAGAGGCUCAGUCCUCAGCACCACUGAAAGUCACAGGAAGGGAGAAUCUCCUGCUCGAACCGAUCAAUCCACAAUCGCUUGACCGUAUCCGUGAGAUCGAAGCCGAGCGACCAGCAGCUCCCGAAAUGCCCGAAAAGGUGUACCCAGCUCCUGUAUUUACUGUCCCAUUGUCAGUACAGGGAGCUGUGGAAGAAGCAGGAAGUGCCCAUUUGGAAGCGCAGUUCACCCCGAUUGAUGAUCCCAAUGUCAAGGUUGAAUGGCUACGUGAUGGUGUUCCAAUCUUCCACUCUAAUCGCUACCGUAUGCUACAUGACUUCGGAUUUGCCGUGCUGGACAUCAUCCACUUGCUUCCUCAUGAUAGUGGAGAGUAUACUUGCAGAGUGACCAACUCAGCCGGUGAGGCGGUGUCAUCCACGCCGAUCAAGGUUGAACCAAGCAGUGGUCUCAUCUUGCAUCCGCAGAACCCUGAAAAAGCUCGCGCAGUCGAAGAACUUGAAGAAAUCCUACAUAGGCAGCCUGAAGAAGUGCAAGAGGAAGUCAAGGAAAUGAUGCCAGUAUUUAUCGAGCCACUCUCGGCACCCGUGGAAUGUGAAGAAGGAGAUCGGGCUCAUUUCACAGCAAGAUACGAACCACUGAACGACAACAAGCUGCAGGUGCAAUGGUUCCUCAACGGACGCCCACUGAAAACCGGUUCUCGUGUCAAGACUAUCAACGAUUUCGGUUUCGUUGUGUUGGAGAUUAGUCCUGUGUAUCCGGAAGACAGCGGCGAGUACUCGUGCCGUGCUGUCAAUGCGGUCGGUGAAGCUGUUACCAGCACGAAGCUGACUUGCGCUCCGAAGGAGACCAUCAUUAGCAAGUCGCAACUACCCGACAGGAUGUCUGGGGCCCAAAGCAGGAUUCGGGAGAUUGAAGCUCCCCGUCCAGCUCCCGAACCACAACCAGAUGUCGAUCAUGGUCCACCCAAGUUCACCACCCACAUGGCUUCACCGCCGGAGCUUCUCGAGGGACAAAUGGCCCAUCUUGAAGCUCAAAUUACUCCUGUGGCCGAUCCAACUCUGAAGAUCGAAUGGUUCCAUGAUGGAAAUCCAGUGAAACACUCGAAUAGAAUGAAGAUGAUCCACGACUUUGGAUUCGUUGUUCUGGAGCUUUCUCCAGCCGAACCUCAAGACACAGGCAAAUGGACCUGCCGUGCUACCAACAGCAAAGGCACUGAUGAAGUGUCUUGUGACAUCAAGGUGGUUGGCACCGGUGGAGUAUCUUACGAAUGGCAGUCACCUGCCGAGCGCAAAGAACGCAUCAAUGAGCUUGAGCAUUGGAUCCAUCGACCGAAGGAGGAACUUGAUAUACCACCUAUUGACUUCGGGCCACCCAAGUUCACCCAAAAUCUUACCGAUUUGGGAAGGCUCAAUGAGGCAGAUGCAACUGCGUUUGUUUGUGUACUGGAACCUAUUGGUGAUCCAACCCUAAGGGUACAGUGGGAGCACAAUGGGCAUCCUAUCCCAUACUCGAACAGAAUCUCCAUGACCAACGAAUUUGGUGUAGCUACCCUGCUAAUCAAGCACCUGAUCGCCCAAGACGCUGGAGAAUACAAGUGCAUUGCUACGAAUGCCAAGGGCAAAGCUGAAACAGUCGGCCAGGUCCAGGUCGAGUCUCUCACACAAGUGGAUGCUCCACAAAUCGUUCAACCACUUGUCGAGACUAUCGAUAACACACUGGAAGGAGACUCGAUUCAUCUCGAGUGUCGUGUCACUCCCAUUAAUGAUCCACAACUCAAGAUUCAAUGGUUCAGAAAUGGUGCCCCAUUGCCUGAAGCCAGCAGGUUCAAACCAUUGUUCGAAUUUGGAUUUGUCUCUCUGGAUAUCCUCUAUGCCUAUCCGGAGGAUAACGGAAUCUACGAACUUGUGACGACCAAUGACAAGGGAGAGGCCAGGACAAAAUGCGCAAUUACGGUCCUGCCACGACCAAAACUUGAUUAUUCGUCACAAACUCAUGGCAGUAACAUCGAUAACAUCGAAUCGCACUUCCGACAACAUUCUACUCAGAAACUUAGCAUGGCUGUUGAAGACAUGCAUGAUGAGGCGCAGAAGAGACCGCCAGAGUUCAAGACACCGAUUGAGAACAUCGCAGUGGCUGAGGGCGAUUUCUGCCGAUUUGAGACACAAGUUGUACCAAUUAACGAUCCUUACAUGAAAGUCGAAUGGUUCAAGGAUAAGAAACCGGUCCUUUUGGGACAUCGGUUCAAAUCCAUUUUGGACUUUGGCUUCGCAUGCUUGGAUCUACUCUAUGCUUUGCCAGAAGAUACGGGAGAGUAUCAUUGCGUGGCUACGAACAAAUACGGCCAAGCAAUGAUCAGCGCCAAAUUGGCGUGCCAGGGAGCUGCGCACAUUAUUGCUGAGCCCCAAAUGCCUCAGGGAAUGCGCGUACGCAGUGUCAAGAAGGAUGACAAGAAGAUCCACUGGAGCGAACAAGGUGAAACGCAAGUACGACAAAAACAGAAGCCAGAGUUCACCAUCAAGCCGAGAGCGUUGCAGGUAGUAGAAAAUGAACCAGCUCGAUUCGAGUGCGCUGUUAUCGGUAAUCCUCGACCAAAGGUUACAUGGUACAUCAAUGGAAAUCAGGCUCUUCAUGGUCAACGCUACAAGCUGAACUACGAUGGUCUCCAUUAUCUUACCAUCAAUAAUUGCCGUAUUUCCGACGCUGGUGAGGUUACGGUAAUCGCGCGGAACAGCGAGGGUGAAAUACAAGCGACAUGCCCGUUGGAUAUCUUCCAGAAGAAAGAUUUCCGACAACUGCAACUCAAACCUACUCAGUUUGUUACCAGUGAAGAAUUACAACAAAGGCAGUUACAGUGGCAGAGAGAAACCCUUGGCCAACUGGGUGAAGCAUUCGAGGCAGCACCAAGACCAGACACCCAUAAGCUCUACCAAGUCGAAAGAACGAAAUACCCUGUUGAACCCCUUGAAACCGAGGAGCUUGUCGACAAAUUUAACAGACCCCGUGAUGAAAGGUUCUAUGAUCAGCUUGCCUACGUCGAAACAGCCAAGCCCCAAUUUAAAAUUAUGGAACUUCCACCAGUGCAGCUCAAGCCUGGAGAGAUUUCUAAAUACGAACCACCACGGGAAGAAAUGGAAAAGGUGCCCCUCCGACCUGUUCCUGGAGAAAAGAAAGAGAAGCAACGGCCACCACCAGAACAACCCAAUUGGGCCCAAGGAGGUGUACUGCCUGGAAACGUGGAAGGACGGUUUAAGAAGUUACCCAGCCCACCGAAAGAAGUUGAAGUCCCAGCUCGUGAUCAAAUCAAGUUUAAGACGGCCAAGCCGAAACCAGCUUCUGAGGUCGAGGCCGGAGAGCAUGUCAGGAUUGCCGAGGAGAAGGCAAGGUUAAAGGCUGUACAACAGGGACCUGAACAACCAAAGGAGGAGAUGAUUCCACAUAAGCAACAAGUCGAGUUGAAGACGAAAUUCACGCCAAUUGUUGCGAAACCGGGUGAAAGCGUGAAGAUCGACAGUAAGCCGCUGAAGGAGAUUCCUCCAGUAGAGAAAGCUCCAAUUGAAAUGAGCAGCAUCAGCAACAAGCCUCAACCGACCAAAAUCGGAGUCUCCAAACAAGCCCCGCCCACUGUUUCUCAACAGCUCAAACCUAUCCAAGGAGAGCCAGGAAAGGCUGCGAAGUUUAUCAUCAAUUUCGAUGGUGCCGCUCCCAUCAAGGUUACAUGGUUCAAGGAUGGUAAAGAGAUCAAGAGCACUUUCCGAAACCAGAUCACCACCACUCCAAACAGCUCAACCUUGCAUAUUGGACGAUUGGAAAACAAUCACACUGGCUUGUACUUGGUGCGACUCGAGAAUGUGGCUGGAACGGUUGAAUCAUCAGCAAAUCUGACCCUUUCUGCGCCAGCUGACAAAGGCAGGGCGCCAGACUUUACUGCAAGGAUGAACGAUCUGCGAAUACCCCAGAAUGGCCCAGCAGUCUUCACAUGUACCAUCACUGGAGAACCGAAACCUACUGUCAACUGGUUCAAGGAUGGCCAAAUAUUGCCAAACGACGGCCGCUUCGAAGCCACUGAUUCGAAUGGUCAGUACAAGCUCUCGCUCAAGAAUACACUACCUCAGGAUGCUGGCAUCUACGAGUGUGUGGCGAAGAACCCAGCUGGAGAAGCUAGGUGUAAAGCCCGGCUGAAUGUGAACCUAGCCCAUACGGGUAAGGGAGCCGAAGAAGGUCCACGAUAUGAAGCGCCGCGGUUCACUACCCAAAUCCAACCCAUCGUCGCCGACGAAGGCAAACCAGCGGCGUUCUCUGCGAAAUUCACUGGUUACCCAGAUCCUACUAUCCGUUGGUACCGUAAUAACGAGCCAAUCAAGAGGUCGGCUGGGUAUGAGGUUAGCCAAUCAAAGGGAGAGGCGGUGCUGAAGAUCUCCGCUUGUCAACAAGAAGAUGUCGCUGAGUAUAAGGUUGAAGCUAGUAACCCUGCGGGUAAAGCAUCGUCGGUGGCUAACUUGGUUCUUACACCCAAAGCUGGUCGAAUCGCCAAAACCACGAUCACAAGAGGUGGUGGAGUCCAAACAAUAGACAAACCCGCCAGCGAUGCCCCACACUUCGUUUCACGACUUAGUGACAUCUCAGCCCGACAAGUUCUAGGUCACACUGUAAAAUUCUCUUGCGAUAUUGAUGGUAAUCCGAUGCCAACGGUGCAAUGGAAUUAUAAUGGAAAACCUAUAGCUGCCUCUAAGGACAUUAAGAUUAGCCUCGAAGGCAAGAAAGCAAUCCUGGAGAUUGCUCGAGUGACGCAUAAUCAUGCCGGUGACUAUGAGAUUGUGAUUCGAAAUCCUAAGGGCGCUGCUCAAUGCAAAGCCCGGCUCACUCUUGGUCGAUAACGCGCUCGGUAAAUGGGGACGAGUUCUCGCCGCUGAUAGAGUAUUAUAACAGAAAAAACGUAGCGAUCUUUUCAUUAGUAGAAACUUACUGUUUUCUUAUCAGUGCCAAAACGCUUGUAUCCGCUUUAGGGUCGUAUUGAUCCCGAAAUUAAUAAUUCUUCUCGUUUUUGUAAAUACCUGAUUGUCGUCAACGGUGCGUGUUGUGUGCAAUUUACUAGGAAUGUUUAUCGCUCAAUUUUCUUUUCCUCUCAUCUCUCUUUGUUGUUGAUUCUAUGCUGCUCACAUUGACACACUCUCAAAAGUGCCCUUUACUUGACUCUAGUCUUGUGCCUUAAAUCUCAUUUCUUAUCGUUUUUAUGAACGAAUUUUUUUCUGCAUUGUAUUUGCUUCUUGUUCACGUUCAUUUUCAGUUGUCUCUCAAUUGUAGAAUACUGGACGGUAAAGCAUUGC